CUGCCAUCGUGGACUAAUGCCAUAAUUGUCUCUUACUCUUUCUUUCUUAUUCGAAAUACCGUUCUUUGAGUACGGUUUAUUUUUUAAUAUUCAACAAGUAAUUUUUUCACACUUUGUGUGUUUCAAUUAAUUUGAAAACGCUAAAAAAGUUCAAUUCCAAAAUGUCUGCAUUGGCUUAUGAAAAAGUAUGGUUAGACAAAACUAUCUACAAUGAUGCAGAGCGGAAUUAUUACGAGUCCCUGUCAAAGGUUCGAGUUACACCACUUGCAUUAACUCAGUCUUCUUUGGCCAAUGAAGUUGCAAAGGCUAGGCAGCACAUCAAAAACUCUCUUGAAUGUAUGGAUAGUGUUGCUACUUUAGCUGGAGUUCCAAACACAGAAUUGACCAAUAAAGUGAAGUCCCUAGAAAAAGAAAAUAGUGACCUUAAAAAAGCUAUUGAUGACUUACGCAACUUAGUGAUCAGUCUACAAGCUCGAGUUGAAACAUUGGAAGUGAACAACAGUUCAAAACCCACAUUGACCUCUGCAGCUAAACCUCAACCACCACCAGCUGCAGCAUCCCAAGAUUCUGAUGAUGGUGUAGAUCUGUUUGGAUCUGAUGAUGAAGAAGAGAGUGCUGAGGCUACAAAACUAAGAGAGGAACGUCUAGCUGCAUAUAAUGCAAAAAAAGCUAAAAAACCUGCACUAAUUGCUAAAUCUAACAUAAUUUUGGAUGUAAAGCCCUGGGAUGAUGAAACAGACAUGGCAGAAAUAGAGAAGGCAGUCAGAAACAUUGCCACAGAUGGUCUACUAUGGGGUGCAGCCAAACUAGUUCCAUUGGCCUAUGGUAUACACAAGCUCCAAAUUUCUUGUGUUGUAGAAGAUGAUAAGGUCUCUGUAGAUUGGCUCACUGAGGAAAUUGAAAAGAUUCAAGAUUAUGUUCAAAGCAUUGAUAUUGCUGCCUUCAACAAAGUUUAACAAAGAGUGAAAAAAAUGUUACAGUUGAAUAAUAAAAAUAAUAGCAAUAAA